AUGUACGUAUAUGCCGUAGACACAGAAGUUCAACACUAUUACCACCGGCAAGCCGUGCCGCUACCAGUUCCUGGUGGGCCGGAAGCAUCCCCUCCACCUUCACCAUCCGAGGACGACGAUGGACUGGGCCUGUUCGAUGGCCCAGGACAUUACGACGCAUUCCGAUUAGCCCUAGAGGAGAUCGCCGGGGACGCAUCCGACGAGGAGGAUGCACUGGCGCUGAAUGACCAACACGCCACCCCACCGCAGUCUCCACGCCUACUGCAGCAGGUAGAUGGCCGUGGAAGCCGCACGCCAAGUCCGGACAACGCAGCUGAAGCGGCCCCGCGUGUGGAGAUACCAGAUGUCUCGGAGUUGGACCACCCGGCUCUUGCUCACGCCCUUGACCUCCCCGCUCUCCCCCCAUCCCUCUCUCCCCGCGUCGUUUUUGAACGAUCCCAUCCACUGUGGUACGUGCGGGUCAUACUCCUGCUCGUUGCCUACCUCCAUACACACCACCAUGUCACAUUCCGCGCCUCCGACCUCACACUCUCGAUGUUGCGUGCUAUCUUUGUUGCCCUAGGGAUGCUCGACAGCCGGGAUCCAAUGCCCCGCACGCUCACGACGACGUUCAAACGGCUUGACUUGACCGAUAAGUUCCACAUCCUAAUCGAGUGCUCGAGCUGCCGUCGACUAUUCCGGCCCGACAUUGCCAACAAGAAACUCCAUUGCUUCGUCUGCAACACCCCACUAUUCACGACGCCCUCUUGUGCCCUGGCACUACUCAUCCGGGUCCUCCGAAUGGAUGCUCCUAUCCCUAUCCCCCGAACCAUUGCGCCUCUUUGUCUGCUCUCCUCGGCCAUUGCCUAUCUCAUGAAUCAACCUGGGAUCGAGACCUACUGGGAAGCUUGGACAACGCGCCCUGCCCCUCCCCCGGGCGAAUACCGGUCUAUACAUGAUGGGAGCCGCUGGAAAAUACUUGUGGGGCCGGAUGGAAAGCCAUUCUUUGGUCCUGAUAUCAACGGCGAGCUGCGUGUCCCUGUCAUCCUCCACGUAGACUGGUUUUCUGCCGCCUCGAGUGUGUUCAGUGCUUCGUACUCCACCGGGGCCAUUUCCUUCUCCCUUCCCACCCUCCCGCCCGCCCUUCGGUAUCGCGUCGAGUAUCUGAUUCUCGCGGCCAUGACAGAUGGUCCCAAAGAGCCCGAUGCUGAGGAGCUGCAGCACUGGAUGGCGCUCAUCGUUGAUGACCUUCUGAUGCUUUAUCACUUAGGUGUAUUUGCGCCAACGCCAUCUUGCAGGGAAGGACGGCGGUGCUGUGUUGUGGUCAUCUGUGCAUGCACAGAUCAUCCUGCGAUGUGCAAGGUGGGUGGAUUCGCCGACAAGAAUCACCACGAGGUCCCGUGCACUGAAGGGACCGUCACCGCCGAAGACAUGUACACUGACAAGUGCCUGCGCGGAGGCUGUCCGCCUCGAUCGCAUGAGGAGCAUGUACAGCAUGCCCGCGAGUGGCGAGCACUCGCAGGUAAAGAGCGCGACGAGCACUUCAAGGAGCACGGCAGCCGCUGGGCGGAGAUAAUGCGGCUGCCGUACUACGACUGCGUCAAGAUGACAGUCAUCAACCUGAUGCAUAACCUGUUACUCGGUGUUGUAAAGACUCAAUGGUACUCGCGGUGGAUCAAGCCGAACGUUCUGCGCGCCGACACGAAAGGUGGAACCAAGCGCGAGCUGGCCAUGAUGCAUGCGUUCCUCGACACGUUUGAGGUCCCAGGUUGGGUUGGUAGGCUCCCGUUGCGUGUUGGUGAACCUGCGGGAGGGUCCCUCUCCGCCGAUGAGUACAAACACUUGAUGAUUGGGCCGGGGUGUAUCAUUCUGCCAAUCAUUUGGCAUCACUUCGCACCCGAGAUCAAGAAGGAGCAUGCCGCGGCCCUCAAGAAGCACGCCAGGCUGCAGCAGGCCUACAAGAAGGCUGUUGAUAAGCACACUGCUGACAUUGCUGAACUCGAGGCCAAAAUAGAUUCCGCUAGCGAUGCGCAAGAGCCCAAGCUGUCGAAGCGGCUCGCGUCUUUGAAGGCGAACCGUCCUGAGCCACUCGCUCCGUGCCCGAAACCCCGCAUGUGCGCUGAGGAGGUCCGCCUCAUCCUGCAGCUCUCAACGUCUCUCAAGCUGCUGUUGGCCCCCGUGAUGACUGCUCGAGACCGCGAGCGUGGGUCAACGCUACUCUAUGACUACCUUGUCGGUUAUAAGGAGAUAUAUGGAGUGGAAGCGAUGGUGCCUAAUCACCACUUCGCAUCGCACAUCCCGGCACAGCUCGACGAGUUUGCAACUGUCUACGAGAUCUGGGCAUUUCUCGCCGAACGCCUAAACAAGACGUUGAAGGCUACAAAUCUCAACAACCGCCGUGGUGGACAGCAAGAAGUGGUCAUGAUGCGUGCAUUCCAGCGCGACAUCGCACUCCGUGCAGUGGUGGAACACGUCGCAUCGACACCCAGCGCAGAAACAACGGAGGCACGCGCGACUCGCACGAUUGCUCAGCGGUUCCAACACAAUACUCGGGAGUCACAAGGGACGCUUGAGGUGGCAGCGGCCAUGCAAGGCGAUGAGCUUGAUGUUCAAAACGACGCCCUCCUCAGCGUGUCUAUGCAUGCUGGGCCAAGGUCUGCACACCCACAGACCUUGGACGACGCUUUUCGAGCGUACAUUCUUGGUUUCUACAACCACCCCAACGCCGCCGCGAUGCGUAAUGCGGACGGAACCCCGCCGCAGAUAUACUACCGACAUGACCGCCAUGCUCCGCGCAAAGCGGUCUUUCUCGAUACAUCUGCUCAUACUCACUGGGUUCAGGACCCUGGAAGUCGACGGUCAAGUAAUUAG